AUGUAUAUCAAGCAACAACUUUUCCAAAAGCGCGAAACAGACGAAGAGGACUGGAGCGUCUUCUUUUACAACCCCUCGCUAGCAGCCACAGUCCUCUUCAGCAUCCUCUACGUGAUUCCGUUCAUCUACCACAUAUACAUUUCCUACAGCGCCCAGAAGAAGACAAGCAACAAGUACUUCCGCUACAGUUACUCCGUCCCUAUCAUUAUAGCCGCCUUCCUUGAGAUCAUCGCGUACGGACAACGCGCGGCUUCAACGCAGUCAACGCAAGACAUUGGACUUUUUGCGAGUAGCCAGACAUUGAUUGUACUUGCCCCGGUACUAGUCUGUGCGAGUUUGUAUGUGCUCCUGGGGAGGAUCAUUCGGUCGACACGAGUGACUGGUGCCGGUAUAAAAGAAGAAACUGGCGAAGCUGAAAAGCGCAUAGAGGUCAAAGUCGGCGGCAUAGUGAGGGUUUCGUACCUCCCAAAAAUCUUGAUCACGCUUGAUGUCGCUGCAAUGCUUACGCAGGGCGGUGGGAGUGCGAUUGCGUCGGCUGGGGAGUGGAAGGGAACGCUGGAGGAUAUCGGAACGAGCGUGCUGAUUGGGGGGCUGGCCCUGCAGGUUGCUACUUUUACAGUAUUUCUGAGUGUUGUUUUUUCGUUUCAUCAGAAGAUUCUGAGACACGGAGAAGAGGGAAUGGGGAUGGUGUUGAGGGGGGUUUAUAUUGGAGGAUUGUUCAUCAUGGUAUUGCUUUCGCAGAUCCGCUCCAUCUUCCGCCUCAUUGAGUUCGCCCUUGGAACGGAGUCGUACAUCAUGACGAACGAAUGGCCGCUCUAUGUCCUUGAGGCUGUGCCGAUGCUC